GCCGUCACCGCAGUUUAGCGGCAGUCGGCGGUGAAACAAGUCACGGAAACUACGCGCGGUAUUCCUAGUUCCCAUUGGGAAACCGUCAGUUGCAACUGAGGGCUCUGCUCCUGUUGAAUAAUUAAAAUUAUUACACCGACCCUUUUGAAAAUUGAUUCGAUUUAGAACAUUCGGAAGCCACUGUUCUCCCUCGAGUUUCGCGUGUUAGCAAUAUCCUGAUAGCCAGCCCACCUUUCGGAGUUCUUGAAUCGUGUAUUCAACAGUGUCUGUGUGUUGUUGGGUGGUUGGAAAGAGAGCCAGGAAGACCGAAGGAAAACUUCGCAAGCUUUCGCUCACCGGAUAACUCCAACGGGAAAGCAGCGUGGCAAGUGCUGCUGGCACGUGCAGCAUCUAGCGAUUCGAGUGAGAGCUCGCAAUUCUCGGUGUGGCAUAUGUUGGACGGUUUUAGUUCGAUUUAUUGUGCAAUCUUUGGACGAUUGCCGUGCGGAGUGCAGCGAGUGUCAAAGUGUCUGAUCAUAGUACGAUCGAGAACCAGAGCGCUAAAAAUAGUCACAGUCGUUUCGUUGGCACAGACGGGCGAAAAGGGGCAAACACAAUCGAAUUAAAUGUGGAGACCAAAUUAGGUCCAAUUUAGUUGUGCCGCUUGUUGUACUGCUGCUGCUGCUGCUGUUGCUGCCUCCCGAGAAGUGGCACGAAACAGCUGGAAAAGGUAAAUUGAUAGCCCGGUGCUGGCGGUGGUGGUUUAGGGAAACGAGAAGGGUUCUCCGUACUUCUUCUCGAUUGGACGCUGAGAAUGUUAUCAACCGAGGACAAACAACGCCGAGGCUAGCCGAAGCGAGAUGAGAUGAGAAGUGCCUGUAUGACCACGACCAACAGCGAGCUGCUGGGGCUUGCCUUCAUGGCAUUUUUCAUAAUCACGUUUUCAUCCACCGCCCGCUACUAUGUGAAGUUCCUGUGUUUCAUCGUCCUGUCGAUGGUGUGUGCCGUCGGACCGAUUCCCUUCAUGUUGCUGCGGCCUCGAGACUAUCGGAAUGCCUUACUCCCCGCUUAUCUCUGUACAAAGUUUGGGGCAAUGCUCGGAGUGUCGUUCGAAGUCCGUGGAAAGGAAAACAUUCACCGACAGCAUGGUGGAGUGGUGCUAAUGAAUCACCAAAGUGCGUUGGAUCUCAUCGUGCUGGCCUACUUGUGGCCCAUAAUCGGCCGGGCGACGGUCGUGGCGAAACGGGAAGUGCUGUACAUGAUCCCAUUCGGAACGGCAAGCUGGCUGUGGGGUACGCUUUUCAUCGAUCGCAAUAACCGAAAGUCAGCGAAAAAUAUAAUCAAUAAAGAGUCGAAAGCUAUCAACGAGAAGCAGGCAAAAAUCCUGUUUUUCCCCGAAGGAACUCGAGGCGGUGGAGACAACUUGUUGCCGUUCAAAAAAGGAUCGUUUCACGUUGCCAUCGAAUCGCAAGGCUUCAUUCAACCGGUGGUGAUUUCCAAGUAUCAUUUUCUCAAUUCGAAGGCGAAAAUUUUCAAUCGAGGAAAGAACAUCAUAAAAAUUCUACCGGAAAUAUCCUGUGCUGGUAUGACCAAGGACGACAUGCAGCCUCUAAUGGAUCGGGUCUAUCAGCUGAUGCAGACCGAGUACGAAGCUCUCAGUGAUGAAUCGCUGGCGAUUAAUAAUCUUAGCAAAAGCCUCUAAGGGUACUGGGGAUGUGAAAUUAAAAGCAACAAAUCAACACUUGAAUGGCAUUCAUUAUUUGGCUUGGGUUUGAAUAUUUGCUCCCUUAUGGUCUGUACAUUUGCAAAGUUAAUGAGUGCAAAUAAAAAUGCUUUCCAUCGUUUGCGCUUCUAUCAAAAGCAGAACCGAGUUUAUUGAAAAGAGCUCGUUCACAAAUUAAAAUUACCAGCACAAAAGCGACUGAGAGAGACUGUUGAAGUAAUUAAUCUUCCUCGCCCACCAAAAAAUUAUAACGAAAACAAGAAAGGCCAGCGCGUCCGGAAAUUUUCUCCUGAAUGUUAAUGAGUUAUCAGAUUAAAGAAAUGGGAUAUACUUUUUUUUAGCUGUCGUAAUUAGGGUUUAGUUGAAGAAUGCUCGGUUUUGCAACUGAGUUUGGAGAGAAAAAAAUAUAUUGAACACAAAGCUAACGUGUCUUAAGCGAACAAUAAAAGAAUUAUUUAUGUACGAGAGUUUGAAUUGUUUUAACAGAAAAAGAAAUCUGCAUAGAAAACAAACCAAUAAACAACGUGAAGUUUGAGUGAGACUAGAGAUUGAUUGGUUAACGAAGACGAUUUGGUUAACGAAGACCUCAGUGUUGGAUAACAAUUUGUUUCAAGGGGACAGCUUUUAUGUAAAUAGACAAAUGAAGCAGCUGAAGUAGUCAUAGUUAAUAAAAUGAAAAGCUUUAGAGUGUGGAGAUUUUAUAAUGAGAAUAUUAUAUGCUUUUGUGAUAUAAAAUGAAUAACAACCGAAUCAUGCAAAUAUAUUUUAAUCUACGAU